CAUCUUCCUUCUUAUCCUCUGAAGAGCUAAGAAGAACCGAAGACCACACUGUUAUAUCUAUAUAACUAAAAUAGCUUCAUUCCUAUCUUCAAUGGCGUUACCUUUCUCAUCUCCAUCUACUCUACGGACCGUAUGCAGCACCAAGCCAACUCCGCCCUCAUCUCUGCUUUCUAUUCGAGAUGCUUGUUGCAGAAUCUCCAACGGAGCCAAAGCCGGUUUAGUUUCGAUCAAUGUUAGGUCAUGGAAAUCAUCUGGAAACUAUGUUGCUGUUCAGGUUGGCGUUCGGAGUAUUACGAGUAAUGUGUCAAGCGUUGAACAAUUGCGUGGAAUGAGAAGAGCAACACUGAGAUGUGCUACUAUAGAAGAGAUUGAGGCACAAAAAUCUAAAGUUGAGAAGGAUGUUAAAGAUAGAAUGCAGAAGGCAAUUGAAAGUCUACUGUCGAAUUUCAAUUCUAUUAGGACUGGAAGGGCAAAUCCAUCCAUGUUAGAUCGUAUUGAGGUUGAGUACUAUGGAACUCCAGUUAGCUUGAAGAGCAUAGCACAAAUCAGUACCCCUGAUUCAAAUUCUUUUCUGGUGCAGCCUUAUGACAAAUCCAGCUUAAAGCUUAUAGAGAAGGCUAUAGUCAGCUCUGAUGUUGGCUUGAGUCCAAAUAAUGAUGGAGAAGUUAUCAGAAUGUCCUUGCCCCAACUGACAUCUGAUAGAAGAAAGGAAUUAUCUAAAGUUGUGGCUAAACAGGCUGAAGAAGGCAAGGUGGCAUUGAGGAAUAUAAGAAGAGACGGCUUAAAAGCAUAUGAGAAACUUGAGAAGGAGAAAAAGCUCUCAGAAGACAAUGUGAAAGAUUUCUCAAGUGAUUUACAAAAAGUAACAGAUGAAUACAUGAAGAAAGUAGAAUCUCUGUGCAAACAGAAAGAGAAGGAGUUGCUGACUGUUUAGAAUAUCAACAAUCCCUUUGUACUGUAAAUGAAUGGAUAAACUACUGAGGUCCCCCAUUUCAUUCAGAAUUACAUUUUGUUCUUUCCUAAUCCUGAUGGAUGGUGUAUUUCUUCCUUUCCUUA